CGAUGAUCGAAGCACAGAUGAAAUGAUUACCCAACGCCCCCUUCCCACACUUUCAACUGCUUUUUGCAGUGUUUAUCAUGUUCGAUGUACUGGGUAUAGAAUGUUAUUUCUCAGUAUCACAUACACAUCACCACGACCAGUAACACAUUAGUUUCAGUAUUAGUCGUUUUUGAUUGUGUGUGGUUUCAAUUUUGAAAAUUUUCCACCUUCGUCUUCCAUUCUAUGAAGUACAGUUGAAGAAGUUUAUAUUUUUUUCAUUGCUCAGGCGUAGAAGUAAUUUUCAUCCUACCAUAUGAGUUCAUGCACUUUUUACACUUUUUACAUCUAGUCUUGUUCCUCCUAUAAUCAAUAUAAGCAAAAAAUCAAAAAAAUGACAACUCGAGGAGUUCCUCCUAAGACUGCGGCUCCUCCACCUCCUCCUCCGCCACGACCAAACGCAUUGCACCCCCUCCUGCGCGAACUAGGUGUGACCAAAGAACAGGCUUAUGCACUUGGAGCCACUGCACUUUUGCUAGGCUCAGUAUACCAAGCCCGAUCACUAGGGGGAGUCGCAGUUUUGGCUGUGACCGCCAGUUUGGUUUUGGUUCCAGCACCAACGCAAGAAAGCUUCCAGCCAUUCUUCAAAUCCUGGUUCCUAAACAAGUACAUGGCUGCUGCAGGAAAAUGCUACAGGGACUACUUGAAGAGGAAAAGUAAUCUUAUGUGAAGAGACUCCAGAAUCAUGUACAUGUUGUUGGACAACUUCCUAGAUUCCGAACAAGAAAGUCUAUAAAUAAAAUAAUGUCUCCUGCUACUUCUACUUCUUCAUGUUCAUGCUAAUCUCGCAAAGAACAAAACCUUCGAAUUCGUACUCAAACUACAUUUGCUUUCCACAAUGUUGAAAUCAUGAUCACCCAGGUAAAAACGAGGAUGCCACAAAAGCGAUAGAUCCUCAUGUAAAUAACUCCAAAACCAGGUAAAAAGGAGGAUGCCAUAUCAGCAAUAGGCACAACAGUAACAAGAUGGUUCCAGAAGGCGACUGAGGACCUGAAUAAUACCCUUUUUUACGAACUUUCGGUCAAACACGCACUACCAUCUGCGAAUCGGAUAAAUAUAUUGAACGUACAGCUUUUUACCAGUAUAAUUGAUUGCUUGACGUUGGUCUUCACCCUACUUAUCGUCCUAUCUACUAGAUGCUUGCAGUUGAUGAAGAACAAGAAUGUUUUGUAAUAUCCCCGCUCUUAGAGCCAGUUGACCAACGUAUCCCUCACACACUACACAACUACUGGCUUUCCGUCUAGUCCAAAUGUGCCACCUUGUACUUAUUUUCUCACACAAUGUUGAUUGACAACUAUUCCAGGCUCUCCGUAUAGUCCAAGUGAACCGCUUGGAUCUCUCUACUCACAAAAUUUUUACAACAGGCUUUCCGUCUAGUGCAAGUGAACCUCGGAAGUCCGCAGAGGCCCACAUGGUUCACGUUUAUAGGGGCUUACAACAUGUGGAUCUGGGUGCCUCUGAUCUGGACUCAACAAGGCAUAGCAAUGGAUCUGACAAUGGCAUGCCAAGAUGGAGGUCUAUUGAAUUACGCGGAUCAAGCACAAGGCAGGAGAUGAGGUUGAUCCACUUGAUGAUUCCCGUGUAAGUUGAAUAAAUUGUCGCAUAAACAAACCCCGAGGAGAUUGUAUCAUAGAAGAUGCUCAUACUUAUUCCGUUCCGAAGAGGGAUUUCGCUUUUCCAACACCAAGUGCAAUAUGCGAAUGUCAUGCCCAUCUUCAAGUGAGCAGUAGAGUAGAAAGCAACGUGUUCAUUUUGAGAAGGAGUGCCUUCUCUGCGUCUAGACGUCGAAGAUUUCAAU